AUGACUUCAUCAAAUAGGCACUGGCCUAGUUUGUUCAAAUCAAAGCCCACCUACACCGCUCAUCAGGACCACCAAUGGCAGUCCCAUGGCUCGAACCAUGCUCUCACUUCUGCUUCCCACAGAUCAUCUCCUCACACUUAUGGAUGUGACAAAAGGACCCCGGAACCAAAGCCUAGAUGGAAUCCUAAACCCGAGCAAAUUCAGAUCCUUGAAACCAUUUUCAACUCAGGAAUGAUAAACCCUCCGAGAGAUGAAAUAAAAAAAAUCCGAGCUCGACUGCAAGAGUAUGGCCAAGUCGGUGACGCCAACGUCUUCUACUGGUUCCAGAACAGGAAAUCUAGGAGCAAAAACAAGUCCCGCCGCCUCCAAAAAUCACAAAGUCGCCAAGCUCAGCCUGUCUCUCCGGCUGCCACCAAGGCAGCAACCACCUCUUCAUCGUCCUACUCAGACAAUUCCUCAUCCAAGUCAACUGAGUUCCUUUUGCACUCCUAUUUAGGUGGUGGUGGGGGGGCUGGUUCCCACCAGCAACACCAUGGACAUUUCUUUCAGGAAUCGUUCUUUUUCCCUGUGGUGCAACAAGCAUCUCUGGCACCUACGACUGCGAGUUGCACACAAGAUUUUUUCUUUCCCGAUGUGAGCACGAUGAUUAAUCAGGAAAAUCGUCCAAGGAAUAAUAAUGACCACACGGUUUUGAGUAGCACUAGCAUGUCGUUUACUGAUUUGAUGAUGAAUCCUCAAUAUGGAAUCCCAAAUAAGCAUUCUAAAAGCAAGGCCGAGGUUGAAGAAGAGGAUAUUAUCAAAACGUUAACUCAUAGUACACCAUCACCACCACCACCUGCAAUUCCUACUUCACUUGUCCCUCCAGCUCCUACUUCAACUAUUAUUCCAUUAACUAUAAAUGAUGUUGAAGGUGAGGGAGGUGGAAUGGGGAAGUUAAUAGUGUUUAUCAACGAUGUGCCUUUUGAGGUGGCGGUUGGACCCUUUAAUGUCAAGGAGGCGUUUGGGAGUGAUGCGGUGCUCAUAGACUCCUCUGGACAUACUGUGGUGACAAACGAUUGGGGGGUCACUACCCAGUCUCUCCAGCAUGGUGCCUUUUAUUACCUCAUGCGUCUAUACACAGAUGAUCAUGCUGGCGCUAUUGAUUUGAUCUAG